UUUUUUUUUUUUGUUAUCAGCAAAUGAAUUUCUUUUUAUCAACAAAAAGUAUGAGGAAACUUCAAAAUAAAAAUUUAUGCAAAUCUAGUCGUCAAUUUCCUAAUUCGGUUUUCUCUUUCAAUAAUUUACCAAAUGAAAUACUCUGCAGAAUCUUGUCUCAUGUCCUCAUUGCUGACUUGUUACUUUUAUAUACCAUUCCAUCUCUGAACAUGAUGGUAGUCAAUGAAUUAAUAUCAAGGUUUAAAAAAUGUCAACUCGGUAUUCGACUUUAUUUUGACCAAGAAGCUCGAUGGAGAUACACUUUGGAUAUGAAACUACAACUUGUUAAAUACAAUAGGAAUACACCCAGACUCUAUUUUAUUCCCAUGGCAUCAACAAGAAAUGAAAUGCGAUUUUAUACCUCCAAGAUUCUUCGACGUCCAUUUCUUUACAAAGUAUGCUUGAUAUCCACUUAUGAUGACCUUUCCACUCUUCCUGAAAAUCUUUUGAAUAAAAGUCUUCCUUUAACUAUCAAACAAUCCAAUAAACGACUCUACAGCUCCACAACAACAACAACAACAACAGUAGCACUUGGAUAUGGUGUUAGUGAGACUCCUUAUCAGGUGACAAAAUCAAGACCUGGUGAAAGAUGGAUCCAACCAUGUGUCUUUGAGUGUGACCUAGACUGGCUUUGUCAAACAAAAUCUACUCUGGAUAAAUGGUUCGAUCUUUUACCACAUUGCAAACCAACAAGACGAAAGAUGACUGAUCUUCAUUUCACAAGGACCGAAAAAUUACCUUCUGAAUCUCCUGGACAAGUGGCUGAAAUAGGUAUCUACUCUUCUUAUGAUGAUCAAACAAUUCCUAGAUACAAGACCGAUACUUCCAUUCUAAUACCUAACCUUAUUGUCCGAUGAAACACCAAUCUUUUUUUUUUUUUUUGAUACCCUCUUUCCAUUUUAGUUUAGUUCAUAUAUAGUUUUAGUUUGUAAUAUAUUUAUUCUCCAAUAAAGUCAUAUUUAUAUACAUAUUCAUUUUAUUUGUUGAUAUUAAGAAUCAUCUACCUUUUUCAUCAUCAU